AAACUUACUAACCUGAGGCAAACUCGUUCGAAUACAAGAUAUACAAAUCCAUAAAUAACUAUUACACUGACUAGAAUUAGUGCAUCCCAGUGACUAGUCUGCAAUAAGUUGAACAUUACUGGCUGCCCUCAACAAUGCCAAAACAACAAGAUGCGAGCGCAAAUAUAACAAUCGGUUUAUGAACGCUUCUGACAAAGAUAUUGGAUAUUAGAACGCACAACACAAUUAGGCUAAAAAUAGUUUCGCGAAAUGGUACUAAAGGGGUGGGGGGAAGCAUAACCAUUUUAAACCUUAAAUUGGACGUCACCGGGGAUUGUAACACAGCUUGGAAAUAACGCUACAAAGUAUGCUCAAUCAAGGUUAUCACAUUUUAGCUGAGCUAACCCUCCUAAAACUGGAAAACAUCUCUGGAGUUAUUGCCAGCCCAUGUGAAAAUGAUCCACUUAAAUGGCUCGGGAUUAUUUCUGUUCGAAGUGGUUACUAUUUUGGAGGAGUUUUUGGUUUUGUAUUAUCUCUGCCAGAUGAUUUUCCAUCGACAAAACUUCCGAAGCUCUAUUUAUCUAAAGAAUUUUAUCAUCCUCAUGUAGACUGGGUUACCGGAGAGGUGAGCGUGUACACGGAAUUUCCGGUAUGGAAUCCAGACAAGCACCAUAUUUGGCAUAUUCUUCAUUAUUUAAAACGGUUGUUAACUAGUCCAACAAGUAUUAUUGUUUCAUCACUUGCAGAACAAACUGCUUGUAUCAAAAACAUGAGAGAUGUGAAGUAUGCCAAUCCAGAAGCAGCUAACGCACUGAUUCACCAUCCAGAAGAAUUUGAUACUCGGGCUAAAGGAUGUGUCACUAAACUCUCUGUAUGGACACAGCCAUCACAGGAUAUCCCUUCAUUAAACCUUUCUGGAUGGAUGAGUGAUAGUAUACUGAAUGAUGCACGAGAUUUACUACAGAGAUUCAAAGAUUCCAAUGAUGAUGAGGAAAAAUUUGUAAGUCAAGGGUUUUCUUGGAUCGAUCCAAAAAGCAUGUCGAUAUUUUCUAGUGAAACACCCGUUAAAGCGAGUUCUUCGACGUAUACAUAGAAGUUUACUAUUUCUUAUAAUACGUAGAUUCAAUUUUGAUUUUUUGUAGACAGUUUUGUAUAUAAUGAACGAUGCAAAUUAAGCUAUCAGACUUUUUCUCUCUCUGCCAACGCUAUAAUUACGAUAUACAGCAUUUGGAUGCCAAUCUUACCAUUGCUAUCGAUAUUAUUUUCUACUUCUGUUUAUUGUAUUACCUUAUUCCUUUUAAUUACUGUAUUGCUGUUUUUUUCUAACAUCAUAGCUACAUCUGUUAAAUUAUCAUUUAAACGUUUGACUUUUAAUCGUAGGGCUGUAAGUUCAAGGUUUUAUCAUCCUCCUAUCAUACUUUUCUACAGACUAUUAGUUAAAAUGUUUCCGAUUUCAUUAUUUCGUUUUUCUGACUACAGGAAACAUUUGUCAAAUUGGUUUUUGUCUCAUUUAUUGUCGAAACAAAUGACUAUCGUGUAUAUUUACGAUACUGAAAAAGCAAUAACAACUAAACUAAUAACUCUUA